GAGGUUAUGUUUAUGCGCAAUGUUAUAUUCUAAAAGUAGUAGAUCGUAGUUAUCAUCGUUUCCCAAUAUCGCGCUAAGAAAGAUUCAUCUUUCUUAGGAGGCAAUAGUACGCACAUUUUUAUCCAGACGACGCAUGACUCCAAUAAAACAGCCAACACAGAACAACGAUGUUCUGUUCAUCACUUCGAAAAAGACAAGAAUGGGCUUUAUUGCCUUCCAUUCUACUGAUGGAACAAAUGCCAAAGUGGAAAGAAACGACUCUGAACACCCAUGAUGUAUCACUCCCAAUGCAGAGCAAAACAGGCGAACAAGAGCUUUUCAGAGUCCUCCUGCUUUCUUCAUCAGAUAUGCAACCCAUGGCAAACCUAUCCGCCCGAAUCGAGAGACUCUAUCACCAAACUGGAGGCCGCAAUGUGGGCAUCAUUUUUCUUCUUCGUGAAAAGGGCGGUAACGACAAUGGCUUGAAAGAUUUUAUGAAUCUCCAAAUCAGCUUGAUGUCCACUUUCAAGAUGCCAAUCCUACCCCUAAUGUCAGUCCCGCAAAUACUCUCAAUAGUGCAACCUUUUCAAAGACAACUUUGUAUCGUUCCAUCCUCAAAAAGAGUCGAUGCUCAAUAUGAGCUUCUACCAUUCAGCCACGUCGGUAACACCAUGACGGAACACACGAGAAACAUACUCAGCGAUAUUUGUCACAGUAUCCCGGAAUUGGUUCGUACUGCUAGUACAACCGGUGGACAAGAGCAGUUAAGGGAAUGGCUAUCAGAACCGAAUCCUGAAUCGGCCCUGGAUGUUAUAGACUUCUGGAAGCGAGAAUAUCUCCUCGAGUAAGAUAGAUGCGCAAAGGAUUUGAACUCCAUAUGAUUGGACACUUUGUCCGUCUCAUCUGUAAUCCUUCUUGAUGGACGACGUCUUCACAAAGCAUGUCUCAACUACCACGGCGGGUAGGAGAAUUAUCGAAGGAGCACUGUUAGACCUGUAAGGAGAAGCAUCCAGAAACAUAGCUGGCCUACACUUGCUCAUUGCAAAGAGGGCCACAAAUCAGAUUACUGCUUUGGUGUUGUUUCUUAACACGCCUCUUAUAAUAUGAAUUCCGAUGACA